GCUGGUGCGCGCGCUAUCGGAACAAUGAAAAUGUGGUCCUCUCUUUCGGGGGAAGCAUUUCAGCGACGCACUUGUGCAAGAAGUCGGUUCCGGACAUGUUAGUUUGUAGCGACACAAGCAACAUUCGAGUCGUGUGAAGUAUGGCCGAGACGACGGACAACCAGCAGAAGUACGAGGAGUUGUUUGCCAACAGAUUUUCAUCGGACGAUAAAGAAUACCAACAGUAUCGGAACCGUCCAGCUGACCCCCCACCCAUUGUGGAGAACUGGAGGAGUCGUGGAGGUGGAAACAGAGGCAGGGACAGGUACCAGGACCGAAGAGGCCGAGGUUGGGGAGGAGGCCGGGGUUGGAGAGGAGACCAGCAUGGACAGCAACACUGGCAUGACAGGGACAGAGACCGGGACAGGGACAGGCACUCCGGGCAGGGAAGUGGUUAUCAAUCGGGCCCUCCAGGCUACAACCAAGGAUAUAAAUCUCAUCAGAGACCACAAUAUGACCGCUACUGAUCUCUACUCUAAUCUCUCAGGUGUUGUCAGUGUUUAUAGUAUUCACAGUCUUACAACUCUCAUUGCGAUACCAUUAUGUGGCAAUGUUGACCAAUUUACGUUUGUUACUGUCAUUGCCAUAGUCUCAUAAGCAAGGACUGAGCAAUAUAUUAACAUUUAUCAGCAUUUACAGUCAAUCAUUGUAAUUGUGUGGAACUUUUUUUUUUUUUUUUUUUUUU